GCGUGUUUUUUGUGGAUAACUAAGUAUGAUUUAAUAUCUCACAAUAAAACAGCCUUGAAAGGACUACAAAAAGAGGGCCAGUAGUUACUAGGGAAACCGUGUCUGGUGAGUGUGGCAGAUAAACAGUGGCAGUAUCUCUAAUAAUUUCCAUUAUCCCCACUGAAAGUAUAGAUUAUCAUGUAAAUAAGGGGCUGUGCCAGAUGAAGGCAGGUUGGAGCUGAAAGCUGGGGGAAUCGAGGACAUCAAACAACACAGCUGAGUAAUAACCACAUGUUGGCGUGCCAAGAAAGAGGCAGUGGAGUGCUCUGAGUCCCAGAGAAAAUAUUGGGCUCUGUUUAUUGGUGAGGACAAGGACACCGUGCUGCCUCGUCCGGUUUGUUCCAGGCCACUGACCCAAAAAGACGCCUCCGAGUCCUGUGGUUCAGACCGCUCAACAGAUCAAAACCUCUUCGUGCUGCUGGCUUUUCAGCUCAGGACACAAACAGAAGAUACAUUUUCAAUAAGUUUAUUUAAUCAAUUUUGAUUGACUUGAGGCAAAAAAGGAGGUCAACAUGCACGAUUGCCAGACUGGGCUGUGCCUCCCUGUCUACAUUGUUACGUUCGUGCUGGGCUUCCCAGCAAACGUCCUCGCUUUCUACACCUUCUGCAAGAAGGUGAGGCAGAAGCCCACGCAGAUAGACAUCCUGCUCCUCAACCUGACCAUCUCUGACCUCCUCUUCCUGCUCUUCCUGCCGUUCAAGAUGCAGGAGGUGAUGAACAACAUGGUGUGGAAGUUACCCUACGUGCUCUGCCCACUGUCCGGUUUUGUCUUCUACAUGACCAUCUACAACAGCACCUUCUUCCUCACCGCUGUCAGCGUGGAGCGCUACCUGGGUGUAGCCUUCCCUAUCCAGCACUCAUUAAAGCGCCGGCCAGUGUACGCCGUCGCUGCCAGCAUCUUCUUCUGGAUUUUCUCUUUCCUUCAUCUGAGCAUUGUCUUUAUUGUCCCGUUUAUUGGGCAGGAUGAGUCCCCAAACUCCACAUCAGUGUUUGGUCAGAGCCAGAAGGAAGUGUGUUAUAAAAACUUCACAGAGGCUCAGCUGCGGGUCCUCCUCCCUGUCCGCCUGGAGCUCUGCAUUGUGCUCUUCUGCAUACCUUUCCUCAUUAGCAGUUUCUGCUACAUCAACUUCAUCAGGAUUCUGUCCAAGCUGCAGCACAUUGACCGGCGCCGGCGCCUGCGGGCCAUUGGCAUGGCUUUGGGAACACUGGUGGUGUUUGCGUUAUGUUUUGGACCCUACAAUGUCUCGCACAUAGUUGGAUAUAUCAGAAAGAAAGAUCCUGCUUGGAGAGACAAAGCUUUACUGUGCAGUACCUUCAACGCAUGCCUGGACCCUUUCAUUUUCUACUUUUCCUCGUCUGCUGUGAGAGGAAAUGUUAGUAAAGUGGUGGAAGGAGUUAAACACUCUCUACGCAGGUGCAUGUGCUGUCACGUGUUCCAGGCCUCGCAGCGGGGAAUUAACAGGACUGCAAAAGAUAAGGAACACAAACAAAGUGAGACCAAUGCUAUCUAAGCUGACUGGAAGGGAACUGUGAGCAGCUGCCUCUGCUAAUUUCUUUAUCCCUGCAAGCAGGAAAUUAAUGUCACGAUUAUAUUUUUAUACUUGAGAAAAUGACUUGGCGGCUCACACUGCAGCAUGUUUCUGUUUGACUCAGAUGAACUUCCUGUGUGAGAAAGCUCCACCUGAGCUAGCAUAACCACUUUUCUAAUGGAGCGCUGUACACGAACCUGCAGAGACUAGCCACUUUGAACUGUAAUCCAAAAUAUAAAAAGAAGCAUUUUUGCAAAGUGGAAGGAUUUCCUUGGAAAUUCUUUGAUGUAACAGGGUUUGGUGGAGACGAAAAGCAGAGAUGACAACAAAACAACAUCCAACAACAGAAAGAUAUCUCCUCACAAUAAGAGACAAAUGUUUCUUACCAGCUUUCAUCAUGAACAGGAUGUUUGUCUGCAGCAACCUGCACAAUAUGUGUCAAACAGGAUUUUUUUUUUUUAGCCUAUAAUGCUCAGCACUGCACUUUUCAUUAUUUGGUGUUAGCUUUUCUGACAGGUUUGUGUCUGUCCUCAUGCAGACUGGGGUUUUCUCAUCUUUACCAUAUUUAUAGAAAAUAUUCUACUUGUAAAAAUGUGAGAAUAGCUUUUGUAUAUCUGGGAUGUAAUACAUAUUAAAUAAAUUAUAUAUAUUUUUAUAUUCCAACAAUGUGUACAAAUUUUCAAUGGAAUUUAUCACAGACUGAAAAUAAGACAGUCAGCCUCCAUGAUUGAGGAAGAAAAAUGGAAAAAGUUUCCAUUCAAACAUUUUUUUAAAAAGAAAACAGUUUGAUUGUGUGUAAACAGGAAAAGAGCCUAAUGUUUUGUAAAUAAUAUUUUUAAUGUGCCAUGACAAGUUAAUAAUAAAAAUUA